AUGGAGACGUCCAACUUCGCCCACGUCAUCUUCCAGAAUGUGGGCAAGAGCUUCCUGCCCCAUGCCCCCCUGGAGUGCCACUACACCCUCACCCCUUACAUCAGCCCCCACCCCAAAGACUGGGUGGGCAUCUUCAAGGUUGGAUGGAGCACAGCACGGGACUACUACACGUUCCUCUGGAGCCCCAUGCCUGAGAACUACGAAGCAGGGAGCAGCGUACACCGGACUGUGGUGUUCCAAGGGUACUAUGUCCCAAAGUCUGAUGGGGAGUUUUACCAGUUCUGUUAUGUGACCCAUUCUGGGGACAUCCGCGGGGCCAGCACUCCUUUCCAAUUCAGAGCCCCCACUCCCACAGAGGAGCUGCUGACCGUGACGGAGGACGAGGCCAACUCAGACAUCCUGGUGGUCAGCACCAAGAGUGGCCUGCUGCAGAGGGUGGAGGAGGCCCAGCAGGAGCGACAGGAGCUGCUCAACACCAUGCGCCUCCUCCAGGAGGACAAGCUGCAGCUGCAGGAGGAGCAGAGGCGCCUGGCCCAGGAGAGGGACCACGAGAGAGACACAUGUGCUCUGCUGCGGACGCACAACCAGGAGCUUCUGCGCUCGUCCCAGGGCCUGUCGGAGGAGAGGGAGGAUGUGCGCAGGCGUCUGAGUGAGGCCACAGAGCGAGUGAGAGGGCUGGAGGAGGAGCUGCUGGGAGUAACACAGAGAGGCCUGCAGAAGGACACUGAGCUGCUGUGUCUCCGUGAGCGUCUGAAGAAGCUAAGUGGAGAGCGGGAUACUCUGGAGAGCCAGCUGAAGAACGACAAGGACGAACGCGACCUGUACAAGGCCCAUGUGCGCAGCACAGAGCUGGAGAACACUAAGCUGAGUGCAGAGCUGCAGAUGUUGAAGGCUGUGGAGCUGAACAGAGAAGUGACCAUCGCACAGUUCCAGGAGGAGCUGGAGAGGCUCAGACUGUGUGUUUCUCAGAGAGACAGUCUGGAGAAGGAACUGCUGCAGCACAAGGCCGACAAGGCAGAGCUGUCCCGUGUUCGAGAGCUGCUCCGUCAGACUGAAGAGCAGCUGCACGCCUCCAGGCAGCAGGCCUCUCUGUUGGCCUCAGAGCUGCGAGACUCCACCAGCGCCCGCGACCUCUCCAUGAGCGAGCUGUACCGAGCCCGCCUGCAGGCCGACAAGCUGAGGGCCAGUCUGUGUGAGGCGCAGGCCGAGUGCCAGCGAGCAGAGAACCAGCUGGAGCGCAUGAGGAACGCGGCGCACUCUCAGACACUGGCGGCGGGGCCCGGUGCAGAGGCCCUCCCCAGUAUCCUGGUGGUGUCCGAGGCAGAGGUGGAGCUCCAGAGGGAGGUGGAGGAGCUGAAGCUGCGCCUGCACAUGGCUGCAGAGCACUACAAGGAGAAGUACAGGGAGUGUCAGAGGCUGCGGCGGCAGGUGGCCAAGCUCAGCAGCAGCCCAGAAGCCCAGGGGGAGCCGAAGAGAAACGUGUCCACAGAGACAACACAGGGGCCACUGACCUCCGGCCCCGAGUCCCCCACAGCAGAGAACAUAGAAAGUGCAAUACUAGAAGAAGUGAUGACAAUUAACCCUGAAGAAAAGGACGGGACGCACACGCUCAUCCAACCACUCAUCUGCUCUGAGACUGCUGCGGGGCCCAAGCAUCUCUCCGAGUUUCCCACACACCUCAUACUACAUCCCAAAGAAGUCCAAGCAGAAGACGAGCUAACAGAGAGGACCCAGAGUCUCCCGCUGGGCAGCUGGGUGCAGGUGGACACACAAGUGGAGAUGCAGGGCAGUGACAAGGAGGAGGGAACGGAGGACACGGAUACAGACUCGGAGGACGAUGACGAAAGCAGUCAGGAAGAAGCAGGAGAGCAGAGCAGUCCCACAGAGGAGGAGAUGAGCCCUGCUGCAGAGGAAAAGGCAAUCAUCAAGGUGGAGGAGAAAAUCAACCCCUCUGUGGAGCAAAAGGCAAGCAUCAAGGUGGAGGAGCAAGCUAGCCCAACGGCAGAGGAGCAAGCCAGUCCCUCUGUGGAGGAAAAGACUAGUAUCAAAAAGGAAGAGCAAGCCAGUCCCACACUGGAGGAGAAGACACAGAUAAAGGCGGAGGAGAAAAUCAUUCGCCCCACAGUGGAGGAGGAGCGAGCAGCCAGCCCCACGGUGGAGGAGGAGCUGGCCCUGAUGGAGCAGAAGUGGAAGGAACAGUGCGUUAUCAAUGAGACGCUCAAACAGAGACUGGCCAAUGAGGAGGAGCGAUUCAGGAUGCAGAUGUCGGAGCGGGCCUGUGAAGUGGCAGACCUCAAACGCAGCCUGGCGCUGGCGCUCAGAGACAAAGAGCAGCUCCUGGAGGAGCUGCAGCGGUCUGUCAGCCAGCAGAGGGAGGAGGCCAAACAGCCAAUGGUGUUAAGGUACCCCCUGCCCUACACCCAGGAGCCCUGCCCGCCCCCCCUGGUGCCCCAGCAGCCCCCUGAGCUGCGCUUUGGGAACCCUUACUCCAGCGACACCAAAGAGUGCGUGGAUGCGGCCGUGUCUCCGGACCUCCUGCCCUUGCCGCCUCCUGAGCCCUGUGCCCCGCCCCUCUCCCCCUCUGGCCCCACCCACAGCUCAGGGCCUGGAGCGGCAGGCUGGGCCCGGGAGGAGGUGGUGUGUAUCCAGCCCAGCCGCAGCAGCAGCAGCAGCAACAGCAGCAGCCCCCCAGAGAGCGCCGAGCAGCCUCCACAGGACACGGCAACGGGAGCAGCGUCUGAGGAACCGGCGCAUCAGCCCAGCGCCGCCUUCUGCUUCGACUCCAGCAGCAGUGCGUCCCACCGGCGCUGCCCUCUCUGCGAGCUCAUCUUCCCGCCGCACUUCGAGCAGAGGAGCUUCGAGCAGCACGUGGAGUCUCACUGGAAGGUCUGCCCCGUGUGCGACGAACACUUCCCGCCGCACUGUCCCCAGCCGCUGUUCCAGAGACACGUCCUCACGCACUUCGACGGCCACGUGCUCAACUUCCACCAGAGCCACUGA